ACGAGGCAGCCAAGAGCUUCCCAUUCCUUCCAGCAGGGGAAACUUUGUCUUAGGAUGGCAGCUACGGUGAUUAUGCUUGGCUAUGGCGACAUGGACACAAGUGAAUUUCAAGAACCAGCUAGCAAGGUAGUAAGAGCACAUACUGAAGGAUGCAGCACAGAUGGGAGUCUGGAUAAGUUGAGGUGGGGUGCAUGCUCAAUUCAGGGUUGGCCAGACUACAUGGAAGAUAGCUUUGCAGUAUGCGUGGACAACAAGGAUCUCAUCCUCGGGGUGUAUGAUGGACACCGGGGCAGCAAAGUCUCCAGUUUUUGUGCACAACGCUUGCACAUCGAGCUCCUACAAACUAGAGCAGAUACUGGCAAAGACUUCUCAACAUGUUUAGCUGAAACCUUCAUGAGGAUGGACGAGUUGUUGCUGAACAAGUCGAAACAAGAUGAAGAUUUGAAGCAUCAGGGAAGCACAUCACUUGUUGUGGUGAUCAACGAGGGGAAGCUGGUGGUAGCAAACACAGGAGAUUGUAGAUGUGUGCUUUACAGACAAGGUAAAGCUGUGGAGCUAUCCAGGGACCACUGUGGGAAUGUUGGUUGUGAAAAAUCUCGAGUAGAGGGAGCUGGGGGCUACGUAAAAGAGGGGCGUGUCUACAGCUCUAGUCUGGAUUCAAUGGGUUUGGGAGUCUCCAGGGCCAUUGGGGACUUAGAUUAUAAGAUGAACACUCAGCUCCCAACAGAAAUGCAGGUGGUUAUUGCCUCCCCUGAGAUAACAGAGGUGGAUAUUGAAGAUGAUGAGUUUAUUGUACUGGCAAGUGAUGGCAUUUGGGGAUCGAGAUCUAGUGAUGAUGUAGUAAAGUUUGUUGCUAAGCAGUUGAAAGAUGGGGCAGUGAGCUUGUCGGGCAUUUGCAGAGACUUGGCUGAAAGUUGUCUUACUUCUGAUGGUAAGCAUUCAUCUUCUAGAGACAACAUGACAGUCAUCAUUGUGCGACUUAGUUAUUUUCAAUCCCGGCCUGAGCUGAUGCCGGAGUCUGGUCGUCAGAACCAGUCCGCAGGCACAGAUCCCCGAGAAAAUGAAGAUGAGAUCCAUGAAUCAACUAGGAAGAAACAGAAGUGUGGAUAAUAUGUGAAGUUGCAUAAAAAAGUUAAUAUACUCACCAAAAAUAGCAAUAGUUAGUAUUACUAUUUAUUUUAAAAAUAAUUUUAACUCUAGAUCAAAGUUUGCUGCAAGAUUCGUUUGGUCAAGAUCUCAGGAACCUGCUUCUAUAUUUCGUCGCAGCUGAUUUGCUCAGAGAAAGACCGCAGCUGAAGCUUGCACAGCGCUCUCACAAGUGUCCUAAGCAUGACUUUGUCACCGGCGAACGGCAUCCUCUCGAGCAGCUCAAACGCCUCAUCGAUCCGUCCCUGCUUGCAAAAAGCCGCGACGAUGGUGCCGUAGCACGCAACAUCUGGAGCGCAGCCCCUCUUGGCCAUGGCGUCUGUGGGAGUGAACAAGACCACGUCAGCACACAGCCACGUGAGCGAUCCAGACGCCGCCACGGAUCGUCACGAUAAACCCAUACAUUUAACCAUGUAUCAACCGUCAUAAUAAUAACACAACACCGUUUCAUAA